CGCCCGCUCCGGCCGAUGCCCUCGCCCGCCCGGACACGACGAGGAGCCGGAGGGGCCCAGGCGGCGGGAAUGGGCCCCCUUCGCCCCCCCCUGCUGCCCCUGCUGCUCCUGCUGGCCAGCCCGGGGCCCGGGGCCGGCCUGGAGAAGAUUCCUUACACCCCAGUCAUCACGACACGCCCCCUGGAAGGGAAGCUCACGGGGUCCACCUUCACUCUGGACCAGCCCCUGGGCCGAUUCAACAGCAGCGCCAUCGACGACUUGGACGACAUCUGGCUGGUGGUGGCCUACAGCAACGCCACGGACAACUUCUCGAACCCUGCGAAUCCCGAAGAGGUGACCUAUUUCUCAGACCUUGCCGAGAAGCAGUAUUACAUGACCAUGAGGGCCACCAGGGACCUAUACCCCGGGGGAGGUAACUCCAGCAUCCUUUCCGUGCUCCGGGUGGGCCAGGAGCUCAACUGCAAUUCCGGACCGUGCAACAGUCCCCUGACGUGGCCCGGGCCCUACAGGGUCAAGUUUCUGGUGAUGAAUGAUAGCGGGCCCGUGGCAGAGACGGAGUGGUCUGAUAAUAUCACUCUGAAAGAAGCCGAGGAGCCCGGCGACCCCGGCCCGGCGAGGCGCGGCCCUGGAAUGAUCGUGAUCACCACUAUCCUCUCCGUGCUCUUCGCCCUCCUGCUGGGCGCCCUCGCCAGCGUUCUCAUCCAGGCAUGCUUCAGCAGCUCCGGCAGCACAGACAUCUCCAGGCCCAGAAACUCUGAGAGAGUGAGAAAUUACGUCACCCACCACAUGUACAGCCGUUCUGAGACCGAGAACAACUGAGGGUCUUCUCCGGCCCAAACCGUCCACCCAGCCCGGACCCGUCCUCUGACUCUAUUCCUCCAGUCCCCCUUCUGCCCCCUUCCCCAUCCCCUCCGGAGAGACCGGCCGGGUGGGACUGAUGGGUUCAUUCAUUCACU